GUGUGCACGGAAGUAAACCCUCCUGCUGCCUCCAAGUGAACGCACAGAUGGUGAGAGGACGCUGGGCUGGUGGAUAGAGGAGGACACACACAGCUCCACACACCGCAGUGUCAUCUCUGCCGGAGCUAUGGACGCGCUGCAGGCGGAGCAGGCUGGAGAAAACCCGGAGGACAAGUACCGCGCUCUGGCCUAUGACACGGCUCUGAGCACCCUGGUGGCGGUGGCCGUGUACGUGGUGGUGAAAGUGAGCCUGGACGGAAUCAGACAGUGGCGGACCCGGAUCUCGGUGCUCGUCGUGGGUUCGGGACCCGUGGGGCUGACGGCCGCGCUGGUCGCUGUCCGCUCCGGGAAGGUGCUGAAACUGACCGUGCUGGAUGAGCGGUACCGGAGCGCGCUGCUGUGCCGACCCCAGCAGAUCGCGCUGGAUCCCCGGAGCGUGAAGUUCCUGCUGGGACUCGGGGUGGACUUUGACAACAUGGAGGGCUGCUGGCACGACGAGCACUUCUUCACCAGGAUCGGCGUGUUUCAGGAGCACCUGCUGAGCCUCCUGGAGCAGAAGAAACAGAAAGUGGAGGUCAAGGUGCAGCUGGGAACCAAGUUCACUGAGGAAUACCUGCGCCGCAUCACUCAGACUGACUGGCCGAGUGUGAUCGUGGUGGCUGAUGGGUCGUGCGGUGACUCGUGUUCGGUGCUGGGCAUCAGCUCUGACUACACUGUGGAUUCCUGCCAUGCCUAUGGAGCUAAUGCAGCAAUAGAGAGACUAGACCAAAGACAGGUACCCACUCCAGAGAUCCGUGCCCACAGUCUCUACUUCGACCUGUCAGCCUACGGCGUGGAGGCCCUCCGAGAGCACCGAAACCCAACCACCAAACCCGGCUUUCACCUGAAGAUCUACGGCACCUUCAGAAACCGCUACAUGGCCCUUGUCUGCCCCACAUCUGACACCAAGAUGGUUCGAUUCCUCAGGCACACGGCCAACUCUUCUUCGAUGGCAUUGUUCAUUUACCAAACAGCCACCGCCGUGGACCAGAAAGAUAUUCUCGAAGCGCUGUCAGUGAAGAUGCAGCACUCCAGACAAGUGGCUGAGACCUUCAGGCAGACCGGCCUGGCUGAAUCAAUGUAUGAAUGA